AUGACAUUGUUAUAUACAGCAGCCACAGGAGGCAGAUCAUGGGCUCCAUCAAGUAAAGCCCUCCCUUAUCAAUAUCAUAGGGUUGAAGAUGAGGAAGAAGAUGAGUAUCGCCCAUAUAUGGAACAACGAGGUGUAGAUCUUGAAGAAGGUUCAGGGGACAGUGAUGAAAUUUUAGGAGUUGCUACUGGAGUAAGUGGUGAGUUCCAAAGAGUAAUUCUAAAUACUUCACAGGGAAUCUAUAGUGAAGGUAAUGGGAAGGAAUUGGGAACCACAAGUGGUGGUAGUGGGAAGAGGAAGAGGGUUGAAUGCAAUAGUAAGAGAAAGAAAAAAAUGACCACCUCAAAAGUAAUAGCUGAUGCAAUCAGUAAAAUAGCCAGUGUAUCAGAGACAGAAGCAACUCAUGUAAAUGGAACAUCAAUAGCUGAAGUUAUGCAACAUGUUGAUGCAAUUGAUGAAAUCAGAAAUGACUAUGAUCUGUAUGCACGGUGUAUUUCACUCCUCAUGGACCAGACUGCAAGGGAAAUGUUUACUGAGAUGAGGAAAACUAAUAUGGGGGCUUGCAUUGCAUGGUUAAGAUAUCAAUCUUUUAAAAAUGGAUGA